AUGUCCUGUUUGCUCUGCUCGCGUCUGUCUGUCACCGCAGCCUCUGGUGCUGCUCGACAGCGUCUCCCAAACGUCCUUGCAUCGUCGUUUGCGUCUUGGUACCAGACUAUUCGACAUGCAAGGAUACCAGACACACCAGAAGCCGACGAACCCAACAUAUCUCAAUCUCAAAAUGACUUCAUUCUCUCCAUUCUGCGCGCAAACCCUUCUUUGAGGGAUACAAAAUCAUAUCUGCAGUUCUUCGGCCCUCGUGCUCGUCCGGCACCACGAAUACCUAUCCCUUCUCCGGAGGCAUCGCUUUCCAUCCCGCCGUUAUCAACGGACUCAACCAAAACUGUACGGGAACAGGCUGUUAACAACACCGUGGCAGCGUCCAUCUUAGAACCUGUUUACAGGCGUACCGCAUUGGUCAAACUCCAAGGCCCGUUUACUGAUCGUCAGCUCGAGAGCAUCGCGACGGGCUUGGUCUACCUAGAGAAGCUCGGUCUUACAAGCGUCAUCGUCAUUGAGCUCGACAACUGGGUACGAGGCGAGCCAGAUGAGAAGUCUCAAGUCAUUGACGAAGUAAUGCGUGUGGUCUCCGCGCUCGAAGGCCAAGGCGCUCGUGCCCGCCCUGUCCUGCAGAGCGUCGUUAGGUUAGGACCGGACGAAAGCGAUUCCAGCGAGCACAGUCCAAGUGAUGGUCCUAUCCCAGAAGCCCAUACAUUGCCACAUGAUCUCUUUGCCAUCCGGUCAGCGCUACGCGCUGGUGAAAUCCCUGUUCUUCCACCCCUAGCACUCGAUUCGUUCUGUCGUUCAGUGCGCAUACAUUCAAACGAUGUGUUAGGUGCUCUCGCGAAAGGCAUGACCAAGGCAGCGGAGUCACCGAUCUUCAGUGCAUCGAGCUCGUCGCCAUCUACCUCUAGCGAUACCUUCAAUGAAGUGGACCUAGCGCCGCUCCGCCUCAUGGUCAUAAACAAGGAAGGCGGUGUGCCGUCCUACGCGCGUAACGGUUUGCCUCAUCUCCUUGUCAAUCUCACUGGAGAAUACAGACACGUCAGGGAUACCUUCCAUUCGUCAUGGUACUCAUCGCAUCCUACCGCACUCCAGAACCUUGCCUUGGCGCGUACCUGUUUGUCUUACAUGCCGCCGUCCUCUUCAGCGAUUAUGGUUUCUCACCGAUCUCCCAAAUCACUUAUUGGUAACUUGAUCACGAACAAGCCGGAGCUUAGUUCGAGUCUUCCACACGCCUUACUGCAGGGCAAUGGCAAGCUCACUGCGCAUACUCCGACCAUCCUGCGUAAAGGAAUGCCCAUCCGCGUCGUCAACAGUGUAGCCGAACUAGAUCGUGAAAAGCUCACAUCGCUUCUUGAAAGCUCGUUCCGACGUACUCUUGACCAGGAUGCGUAUUUCCGUCGACUCGAGAAGCACCUCGACUUCGCAAUCAUUGCGGGAGACUACGCAGGUGCUGCGAUCGUCACGAACGAGUUACCAAUCGGAGACGCAGGACCGGACGCCGAACCCAUCACGUACCUCGACAAGUUUGCCGUCCGUCCAGAGAACCAGGGAGACGGCACCGUCGACUUCUUAUGGGUCGCGCUGCACGACGAGUCAUACGGACUUGGACUCUCGUACGCUGCCAAUCCGAACGGAGGGAAAGAGGGACGCGGCGAAGGUCGUGACCUCGUCUGGCGUUCUCGCGCAGACAACCCCGUAAACAAGUGGUACUUUGAGCGCAGCACAGGUCACUUACGUAUCGGCAAAUGGGUCAUGUUCUGGUGUGAUGCCGAAAAACGCCUCCAGAUUGAGGAGGGCCGUCGUGGUUACAUGGGACUCAGCAAGGUGGAAGAAUGGGAGCAGGGUAGGCUCUCCAUAUGGGCCAAGUCUAUUGGGGAUAUUCCAUCUGCUUGGUCCGCUUAA